AUGGUGAAGGCAACUAUCAGCUGUCCAAACUCCCACAUCACAAAGUGGUGCAUCCAGCCAUCGAUCCAAGGGAAACCGCUUGGGAACAUUCUAUUGUGCUGUGCAAUAUUUUUUUCUGGUGGCAGUCCAACACAACUGCUUCCAAUGUUCUUCAUGGGCAUUAGAACCAUACAGAAGACACAAUUCCUCAAGUUCCAGCGUUGUUACAUGCUGCCUGCUGUUACUGAGGUGUGGCAGUUAGAGCAAUCACAGCUGCUGCAACAGUUGAAGGGAAGGGAGCUAUGCCUCGCCGGUGAUGGUAGGGCCGAUUCACCUGGUCAUUCAGCUGACUUCGGCACGUAUUCACUGCUGGAAACUGACGUCAACCGAAUUAUCCAUGUGGAGCUUGUCAAGUCCACCGAAGUUAGUUCCAGCAACCGCAUGGAGAGGGAAGGCCUAGAGCGAGCCCUGGCGUUCCUCAACCAGCAGGAUGUGUCCAUCUCUAUGCUUGUCACUGACAGGCACACUGAGGUGAAAGCAUUUAUGAAGCGGACCUACUCUACCAUAAGACAUCGGUUUGAUGUGUGGCAUGUUGCCAAAGGCAUAAAAAAGAAACUGGUUGCAGCAGCUGCGGGUAAAAGGCACAACGUUAUUCAGAAAUGGUGUCCAACCAUCCCUUGGUGCUAG